UGUGUGUCUGCCACCGCUGCCUGGCACUCAUGGGGCCGUGUGUGUGUGUAUGUGUAUGUGCGCACUUGUACGUGUACGCAUAAGCGUGUGCUGUAUGUGAGCCUCCUGGGCAUGGGUGGGGGUUGGCAUUGCGGUUGCCAAUCUAGUGUCCAACCAGAAGGACAGAGGGAUGGAGUGGAAGAAGGAGGGGAGAGGCGGGGGCACGAGUUGCUUCAUGCUGCCUGCUUACAGGCAUUGGCAUUGCAGCUGCCACCCUUGUGCCCACGGAGAUGGGAGGAGGCGAGUGGAGGGCGCAGCAGCAGGAGUCCUGUGCUCUGGGAGGAAGGCUUUGUACAUGGGAGCUGUUGGCAUCACAUCUGUCAGGCCAGUGCCCAGAACUGGGGCAAUGGAGACUAGGGGAUCCAGGAAGCAGGGAGAAGGGGCAGGAAUGUGUUUCUGACGUUGCUGUCCCUCUAGAAGCUCAGCUCUGAAAAAUGGUUGGAGUAUGAGGUGAUUAGUGCUCUUCCAGCUUGAGAAAGUAAAGUGGUGGAGAGAGUAGCCAGGGAAGUGCCAAGAAACAGUCUACGAGCCAGGGAGAAGGGAGUGUGCCACCGUACCCAGGGAGAACUUGUUGGGGCUGGCAAUCUGGCUCUUUGUCAGAGUAUUGAAGGAGACAGCAAGGGGACCAGAUGUGAGGUGGGUGGGUACUGGCACUGCCCAUGGCACCUGGCACAGGCUCUGGCAUUGUGUGGAACAGGGGAGGGCGACAGUGCCUCUUGCCAAUCUGGUUGAGAGGGCAAUGGUGCCAGGAGUGAGAAGGAAGGAGGUGAAACAUUUCGGGAGGUGGGGUGUUUGGGAGACCAGACUUUUUUCCUGCCAGGUCCUCCUUCCCCUUCCCUCUUAGGCAUGGGGAGUGGAGCAACAGACGGAGAGUGGCAUGAGGACACAAAGGAGGAAGCACACCAUUGCCAAGACCUCAAGGAAGAAGGAUGGAAAGCGCUGGCAGUCCUGCCUGGCCCCCAGCCAGUUCCCUGCUGAAGAUGGCCAAAUCCCCUUGCCUGGUAGCAUGGCCCAGGGCUUGAUAGAGGUGGAGCGAAAGUUCCUUCCAGGGCCUGGCACAGAGGAGCGGCUGCAGGAGUUGGGGGGCACCCUGGAGCACCGGGUCACCUUCCGAGACACCUACUAUGACACCCCUGAGCUGAGCCUCAUGCAGGCUGACCACUGGCUGCGACGACGAGAGGAUAGUGGAUGGGAGCUCAAAUGUCCUGGAGCAGCAGGUGUCUUAGGACACCACACCGAGUAUAAGGAACUCACAGCGGAACCUACAAUUGUGGCCCAGCUCUGUAAGGUGCUGGGGGCUGACGGCCUGGGGGCUGGAGAUGUGGCUGCUGUCCUGGGCCCAUUGGGGCUGCAGGAAGUAGCUAGUUUUGUGACUAAGCGGAGUGCCUGGAAACUGGUACUCUUGGGAACUGAUGAAGAGGAGCCACAGCUCAGGGUGGACUUGGAUACAGCCGACUUUGGCUAUGCUGUGGGUGAGGUAGAGGCCCUGGUACAUGAGGAGGCUGAAGUACCAGCUGCCCUAGAGAAGAUCCACAGGCUCAGCAGCAUGCUUGGUGUGCCUGCACAGGAGACAGCACCAGCCAAGCUGAUCGUGUACCUACAGCGUUUCCGGCCUCAAGACUAUCAGCGCCUGCUAGAAGUGAACAGCUCCAAGCAGAGGCCACAGGGGACUGAAGAUCCUAACUGCCUGGGCUAGGGGUGUCACUUCCCAGAAUGGGAAGGGAACUCUGGGUCUAAUGGAGUCCACUCCUGGCCCACUGUACCUCUCCCCUCGGUGUCCCUUCUGACAGUGACUCCUCUCUCUCUAGCUCUGCCUGUUUCUUCCCCCUACUCUAAGCUACUCUUCCUUGAGCCCUCCCUGGCUGCUGCUGCUUCCCUCAUCCGUCAGAUGCAAUCUGUGGGCCGCCCCUCUCCCCUGGCCGCUAAGCAGCCUCCAUUGAUUUCCGCUCGUGUUUAUAGGAUUUCCACUUAGCCGUGAUCAGUAGUUAAGCACAGGAAAAUCCCUUGCCACCCCCCUCCCUUGGUCGAUGCCAUUGAUUCUGCCAGCAGCUCCUAAACCGCCUUACAGCUGAGUUAGAAGAUGAGGGGAGGCAGCAGGGAUUUCCCUGCCUUGGGGUGUGGGAAAUAGAAGCAAGUUGAGGAAAUGGUUGGGAAUCCCAGUUAGAACUCUAAAUUCUAAUCUGAUUUUGCCACUGUGCCCAGCUCUGGCCCAGAGGGUAGAGUACCGCCUGUAGAAGUUUGGGGCAAAUUUGUUCCCUGACCUGAAGAGGGUUAGAAAGAACCAGCAGCCGCCCCAUCCCCGCCCCUGUGUUGAGACAGGUUCUCAAGGUUCAGGGGAAGAUGCAUACCUCUUAUGUAAGAAUGCUUUUCCCUUGCUGUUAUUCAUACACAUUUUCCACUUCAAAUAUACCCAAAUAUGGCUUUCCUCCCC